AUGGCGAUCAAGCACAACAACCAGAUUCACUUCCGCAAGGAUUGGCAAAGGCGGGUGCGAUGCCACUUCGACCAGCCCACCAAGAAGAUCGCUCGUCGCAAGGCCCGCGCUGCUAAGGCUGCUGCCCUCGCUCCCCGACCCGUCGACAAGCUACGACCCGUAGUCCGAUGCCCUACCAUCAAGUACAACCGCCGCCUUCGAGCUGGCCGUGGUUUCACACUCACUGAGUUGAAGGAGGCUGGCAUUCCCCGUCUCGUAGCCCCCACCGUCGGUAUUGCUGUCGAUUUCCGCCGCCAGAACCUUAGCGAGGAGUCUCUCGCCGCCAACGUUGCCCGUCUCAAGGCCUACAAGGAGCGCCUCGUCGUCUUCCCCCGCAAGGGCGCCAAGCACCCCAAGGCUGGCGACAGCAAGGACAUCGACCUCAGCAACACCAAGACCGUCUCAAACGUUGCUGCUUCUCUACCUAUCAUCCCCGUCGGCGAGGGUAUCUCCGAGAUCAAGAAGAGCGAUAUGCCCGCUCCCAUCGAGGGCGGUGCCUUCGUCGCUCUCCGCAAGGCCAGAAGCGACGCCAGAUUGAAGGGCAUACGGGAGAAGCGGGCCAAGGACAAGGCCGAGGCCGAGGCCAACAAGAAAUAGAUGUCGUGAAAACACAACGGAUGAAAAUCCGAAAGGGAAAACUGCACAGGAGUACUACGGACGCUCAUGUUUUACGGGGUUUUCUGCUUUCACUACUGGUUGUGUGUUGUUGGUUGCUGGAUGGUCAUGGUUGGUUGGCUCUGGCGGUUAUAUUCUCCCUCUACGCGUGCCACCAGCAGGCAGUGAUAAUCGAUAUAAGAGGUGUCAAAUUACCUCCGCCUCGACGCUCGCAAACCCACCAAAAGACCCGACCCCGGCGUCAUUGCAUCUCUCGGUUUUCUUUAGGUCAUGCGCAAUGGUAAAUGAAUGGACAAAAAAGAAAGCACAAACCUAGUUCUCUUAUCUUGAUGAUUGUGCUUGUGAUAUGAACGUCUCUUCAAGUUUGUGUAGGACAUCUUCGUUGUCCGUACUGUUACCAGAAUAACUCUCUAGGGCUUGUCCUAGGUUAUACUUCGGUGG